AUGUCUUCUUGGCCUGAAAACAACAUCUCCUGUCCCAUCUGCCAUGACAUCUACCAGGAUCCAGUCAUCUUGUUCUGCAGCCACAGUUUAUGUGGAGCCUGUUGGCAACAAUGGAAAACACAGAGGCAGACUCCUGAAUGUCCGGUCUGCAGGAGGAUCUGUCCCCCAUAUGACCCACCUCAGAACCUGGCUUUAAGACACGUGUGUGAGGCCUUCUCAAAAGACAGCAGCGAGCGACAUUCAGCAGCUCCUUCAGGGCUCUGCAGCCUCCACGGUGAGAAAUUCAAGCUCUUCUGUCUAGAAGAUCAGCAGAUGGUGUGUCCCAUCUGUCGGUAUUCAAGAUGCCACACCAACCACAGCUUCAGGCCCCUAGAAGAAGCUGCCGCGGAACACAGAGCGACGCUUCAGGAGCUCCUGAGACCCGUUCAUGAGAAGAAGGACCUCUUAACUGUUGCUGGAGACAAUUUUAACCAGGCAUUACAGAACAUUGAAAUCCAGUGUCAUGACACGGAGAGGCAGAUUAAAGACGUGUUCUCCACGAUUCAGUCGUUCAUCAAAAAGGAGGAGGAGUUUCGACUCGCUGCCCUGAGCAAGGAGAAGCAGCAGAAGAACCAGAGUUUAAGGAUGAAGCGUGAGGCCAUGAAAAGAGAAGCAACAUCUCUCACAGACAUAAUCAGCUCCACCGAGAGGGAGCUGAGAGCUGAAGACAUCCCCUUCCUUCAGAAUUAUCCUAACUUAGCGACGAGCAUACAACGUGUUCUGUCGAGUUUAACGGACCCCACCCCUGAGCCACUGAUGGAGGUGGACAAACACCUGAACAACUUGCCCUUCAGCAUCUGGGACAAGAUCAAAGGGGCCAUCUCGAUCAUGUACCAGUUCCCAAGCCCAAUCUCGACUCUGAACGCACCACGUGUUUAUGAAAACUUUGUUGAGAACAGGACACCUUCUGCACCACUGAAAUCGGCUUUUGCGAGACAGAGAUUUAGCGUUGCGUUGCCCAGCGAGAGCGUACCUGUCCGGCGUUACAAAAGCCAGAUGGAUCUGACGCUUACAAGGUAA